AUGGAAGGUGUGACGGACACGGAGACUGACGUUGCAUCAUCAGUUAUUCCUUCUCCACCAGUAAAAAAAGCUCGUCUUCGGAAACCUGUCAACACUGCUCGAGAUGUGGUAAAAGAUUUGAACUACUUGGUUCCGCAACCGAGCAUCAUCUUGCAAGAGGAAGCGACUGGAAGUGAAGUAUCUGUGAGCCAACAUCCGGAAACACAAAUAUUGGUGAUCGACGAAGGCACAUCCGAUCAGAUGAGCAGUGUAGUGUACAUCCCACAACUUGAACAACCAACGCCAGACUCGAACAACGAAGGAAUUACCACCGUUCUUAAUACCAUACUGCUCAACCAAUCCAACAUCCUUGACAACCAGAUGAAAAUGAUGCAGUGGAUGGCUAAUAUGCAGACCAAGCAGGAAUACUUGAUGAACGUUGUUUUAGACGGAAAUUCAAUCGGAGCUGCUCAUAACAAACAAUUGGAGAUGAUGUUUAAACCAAUCAGUUCGUCCGACGAGCUGAACAAACUGGAGGAGGAUUUGAAAGAUCCAGAAGUUCUUCAAAAGUAUUUGACCAACAUGAACUUUAUCUGUGGAGCGAACGGAAAAGGGAACGGUCUUGACUGCUGUUACAAGCUCAUCGAUUAUUUCAUGACGCGUGAGUUUCUCACUGAAUGUUCGUGGACUGGAAAUUGUCGGGUAGGAGAAGAAAGUAAGUCAAAUGAUACUGCAGUUGGCGAAGUCUCCGAUACUAGCAAAGUUGCACUAAAGUUUUUCAAGAGGACUCGAACUCUUUUUAUGAAGCUGAUACUUCUCGCUGAUAAGGACUUCACCGAGAUCGAUUGUGAUGCUUUCUUCAAACGCGUGAUGAGGAAUAGCAAACAGAGGUUGACAGUCAAAGCUAUGUCCAAGCACAAGAACAGACCGAAGAACUUGAAAUACAACACACGAAAGAUUGAACAUGGAAAGGAUGGCCACAGCAAACUGGAUGACGAGAACAACGACAAAGAGAAUUGAUAUGAUCAGUAUUAUCAAUGUUAUUCAUUAUUUUACACUUUUUAUUUCAAACUC